AUGUCCCGCCAACUCAUUUCCAGCGACAAGUUCCCUACCAAGCCCCACAACUGCCCGGCUACCAAGGUCCCCGGUCUAGUUUUCUGUGCCGGCCAAACUGCCACGGGUGAAAUUAAGCAAGCAACAAGAACCGUUCUCCAGAACCUCAAGGAGGUGCUUGAGCUCUCAGGAUCGUCUCUUGAGCAAGUUGUCAAAUACAAUGUAUACCUCGCCGAUAUGAAGGACUUUGCUGCUAUGAACGAGGUAUACAUCGACUUUUUGCCCCAACCUAUGCCUUCGCGCUCGUGCCUGCAGGCUCUCCCCCCUGGCGAGGGUACUGUAAUCGAAAUCGAGUGCAUUGCGCAGGUUUAG